CGUUCACAACAAGAAAGAGCUGCGAGGGAUUUCGCUCUUUUCUCUGAGGAAGCUUUGCCCGACCGCGCUAGCGUUGCAUCUAAAACAGCAGAUCAACGUGAAAGAGUGUGGGCAAAAUGGGAACUGUGGGCAAAGAACGUUGUGAACAUCGACCCCAACCAGACUUGGCUUGACUUUUGCCUCCAUUGCAACACAGCCACUACCUACAUACGCAUGUUUCUGAAAGCCUACGUCGAGAACUCGUAUGAACUCCGCGUUUGUCUGGGCCCAGAAGAGAACGAAUGGGUGCGCAUGGUCAGUACGGGAGUUGCGCUCAUGGAUGUAUGGAAGAGUCUUGUGGGGUCCGCCGAUAUGAAAGUGCUUCAGAAAAAAAGGCAGGAGGAGCCACACAACCAAGCGCAGUGGAAGUUAGUCUUCCACGAAGGUAGAGGACAAACCAGCAAUCCGGCCUACAAGGUAUCCCUGACGAGGAUCGCUUUUCAUGCCGUUUUGCUUCUCUCUAGCAUCGGAGGCUUUCGGCCCGGCACACUCAUGCAGAUGCCUUUUAGCCAGAUAUCGAUCACGGUAAUUCCAUGGCCUCUCUUGUGUAUCGUCAGUCAAGUCAUCGUAGUGGCUCUUGAGAAAAACGCCUUGGAGACACCUUUCAGCUCGAUGGACGAGAUUCUCUGUCGCCCUAUACUGGAAGAUGUGGACUAUAUCCCUUUGCGUUGGAAAAAGGAUAUGGAAAACCAGACGCUAUUUGAAAUAACGUACCCGGCCUUUUAUGAUUUGUGGUACCAGGUACUCCUUGUAGCUGGAGUUCGCGAACCUCCACGGCCAUAUUCGAUGAGAGUAGGUGCAGGUGGCAGGCUACAUAACGAAAACGCCCCAAUUUACCCUAAAAAGGAAGACAUCAAAUCAUGGGAACAGCGAAGUGAUCUUCGAAAACUGAGGAUCGAGUACGAGACUCUACGAAGAAGAACUGCCGCCGACCGUCCAGAAACCAAACGUGUAGCAGCCCAGAUCCAGUCCAUGCGCGACAAACUGGAGGAGCUCACCAUUGAUCGAGACAGAAAGGCUUAUUUUGAAAGAGUCGACACACUGCGAGCCUCCGGAAUGCCGAUACCGGGAGAACUAAGUCAGAGUUCUGAAUCACAUCGACGGCGCUUCCAUGAGGCAAGCUCGCAAGGAGCUGCUGCGAUCGGCAAGUUCCUGUGCCAGAAAACUCCUCACAAGGGGAGAACUGCUGACUUCGUUCGAAUGGGACUUGCAUAUCUUAGCAAGCUUCCUGCGUCAGCUCAGACAAUAGCUGACAGGUGUCUUACUGCAAGCCCCGAGGCUCGAUUGAACGUGCGGUCUCCGCCAGUCCCAGUCGAACGGCCUCUUAGCGAUGCAGGAGAAAAUGAGCAGACGCACAGCUGCAUGUUUGGAUGUGGCACAUACAAGAGCCGUCCAAACUUGACCAGGCACACGCUGAAUGUCCACAUAGCAAAGGGACAGUUCGAACAGCCUUUUGAAUGUCCCGAAUGUGCUCGCUCUGGUCGAUCGUCUGAACCCAUUAAUACACCCUCGGCAUGGAGUCAUCACAUCGCGAAGGAUCACGGAGUCUCGAAUGCGCCAUACCUGCCUACUUACCUUUCACCUAUUAGACGGCAUACUCCAAAGCGACGAGAAAAGGCUGAGAGGUUGGCAUGUUUGCUUUGCGGCUUGGCCGUAUGCGUUGGUAACAGCUACUCACGGCACACGAAUCGAGCCCACAAACACGCUGGGCUUUUCAAUAAGACUUUCUCAUGCAUUAUUUGUCAACAGAAUGAAGGCAGGCAAUUCACUGUUGAUGGUUUUGAGUCUUGGACAAAGCAUGCUUGGGAUUGUCACGGACGAGACAGCCAGACAGGG